GGAGUAGGUUUGUUGGAAUUUGUCUUGUGGUGUUUUAGACUCUCGCUUCUCCUCCAUUUUUGUCAGUUUGGCGUUCAGUUUCGUCACAAUUUUGGUCCAAUUUGGGUCCCGCUUGGGUCCGGUUCCGAAUUUCUGGUGCAGGUGAAGGUGGGGAAGGAUGGGGGUUCAAGGGUUAUGGGAGCUUGUGGCUCCCGUGGGGCACCGUGUGUCUGUGGAGACUCUGGGCAACAAGAAGCUGGCGGUGGACGCAAGCAUCUGGAUUGUGCAAUUCAUGAAGGCCAUGCGGGAUGAGAAGGGCGAUAUGAUUCGGAAUGCGCACCUGCUGGGUUUCUUCCGGCGCAUCUGCAAGUUAUUGUUUCUGCGUGUGAAGCCCAUUUUCGUCUUUGAUGGUGGAACUCCGGUGCUGAAAAAGCGCACGGUGAUUGCGCGGAAGCGGCUGAGGGACCAAGCACAAUCAAAUAUCCGGAAAACGGCAGAAAAGCUCUUGUUGAACCAGCUCCAAGCAAGGCAGUUGGAGGAGAUGGUGCAGCAGGUGAAGGGCGGAUCAGCGGGGGUUGAGUCAACCAAGGGUCAGGCUGCUGCAGCCGGAGUGGUGAUGGGAGAUCCCUCAAGGCCGACUGGCCCACAGACGGUCGAGGGAGAGGAGAGGCAACGCUCCCCGGGGGCCCAAGCAGUAGGAGAAGAGGCUAGUAGGGAUGUUGAUCGAGCAAGGGGGUCGAGGAGCGGUAGUGCGAUGUCAUGCGAGGACCGGAGUGCUGAAAUGCACGAGGGCCUUGCAGGUGAGGGUGACAAGUGCCCGCAGCAGACCGAGCAAGUUGAUGGGAGCAAGCCUGGAAGGAGAGACGGUGGAGAUGCAGCGGACCUCGGUGAUGACAAUGAGGACGAUGGAGAACUGGUGAUGAUGGUUGACGCCCAAGGUUCCCUGGAUCCCAGUGUGCUUGCUUCGCUUCCGCCGUCGAUGCAGCUUGAACUCAUGGUUCAGAUGCGUGAGCAGCGGAUCGCGGAGAAUCGGCAACGAUUCCAGAAGGUAGCGGAGGUCCCGGCAGCGUUUUCAGAGAUGCAAAUGGAAGCAUAUUUGAAAAGCGUGGCAUUUCGACGAGAGCUGGAUGACAUACAGAAAGCCUGUGGAAAUGGGUCAGUGAAUGGUGUUCCCAGCGCUCGGAUUGCAUCAGAGACAGAUCGGGAAUAUAUCUUCUCGUCAAACCGUGGGACCUCUAAAGGGCAGCCAGGUGCGGCAGGCGGUGGAUCGAACCAGGGCAGUAACCAGGGCAAGUGCAAGUGGGGGCAGUCCGGAUGGCAAGGUCAGACGAAGGGACGGGGACGGGGACGUGGACGAGGGAGAGGAAAGUUGCUGGGCCGCGGGUCUGUGCCGUCGUGGCUUGUGUCAGAUAAGUUCGCGCGUGAUGAUCCUGAUCAUGUUCCCAGUGCAACCGAGUCGGCUCGGAUAGCGGGAAAGGGUUCAGGAAAUCCUGAGAAUGAGGUGGAUGCAUCAUUGGUCGGACCUGGAAGUUUCAUUCAGCCAGGGAACUUUGCAUUCUUGUUUGCUGGAUGCGCGAAUACGGGUAACACACAUGGAGGGGGGAGAGAGGUGGUUUGUAAUGGCCCUGAGAAAUCUCUCGACAGGCACACUGAAGGGGAUGGGGACAACAGGGAGGGUUGGAGAGAGGAAGGGAAGAUGCGGGAGGAGGGUGGUUCUGCAGAGACGCUGCAUGUGGGAGAGGAGGUAGUUGUGACGCCGGCUGCGUUCAAGGACCAGCAGCAGCAGCAGCAGGAGUUGUCUGUUGAUAGACCUGCCACUGAUUCCUAUGAGGAUGAGAGAGAGAUGAAUGGACAGGAGGAUCGUUCUGCAAGUCGUAACUUGCCCGGCGAAGGUCGUGAGCACCUCAGUUGUACAGAGCAGGGAAAGGCACCGAAUGUGCUGAUUGAAGUGCUGUUUAAGGUGGAUGCAGAGGAAAAUGUUACUGACACAGUGGACAACUUCUUCCUGUCGUUGGUCGACCAAUGUGCCAGAGAAGGGUCAGCGACUGGUGGUGGCGGACGAGGCACCGAUCGUAGUAGUGAGAUGGCAAGGGAGAGUCCUAUAGGAGGUACAAAUGGUGAUAUGCUGAAGCGAGUGGGAGGGGAGAAUAAGCUUGGCAGCCAGGAGCAACAGCAGCCAAUGGAAGUGGGGGAGGAAGAAGGGGAGGAGGAGGAGGAGGAGGAGAUGGAGUGGGAGGAAGGUGACAUUGGGAACCAAGAUGUGGAGAGUGGUGAUGAGAUGACAGCUGGGUCAGUCCCAGAAAAGAGUCUGAAUCUGACGAGCGAGGAGCAGGUUGAGCAGAGUCUGAAUCCGGCAAGCGAGGUGCGGGUUGACGAGAGUUCGAAUCCGGCAAGCGAGGUGCGGGUUGACGAGAGUUUGAAUCCGGCGAGGGAAGAUCAGGUUUGUUCCAGAGAUGACAAACACGACACGGGAGAUGACAGUCGUAGCCUGGGGACAGCGACAGUGGCUCACGAAAUGGGGUGGGGGGGAUGGAGGUGUAAAGGUAACGAAUGGAACACCCAUGCGUCAUGGGGUGAAGGGUCCCAACAGGCAGAUCAGACACUUCAGGAUUUCAAAGGCAGGGAAGUAGCUUCAGGACAGGACAACGCUGGAAAUAGGAAAUCGAAUGAGGUGGCAGAUGAAGAUGAAGCAUACCGUACUGACACAGCUGUUGGCGAAGAUAAUUGGUUGGCUGAUGACGAAAAGAAUGGAUUGCAGGAUGGCUGGGGCCAGAUGCCACGUGUUCCGCGUCAAGAGAGAGGUAAAGGUGAGUUGGGGUGGGGUGCCGCGCUGCCGGUUGAAGAUGAUGCAGACCGUACUGACACGGCUAUUGGGGAAGAUAUUUGGUUGGCAGGUGAAAAGAAUGGAUUGCAGGAUGGCUGGGGGCCUCUCCCGAGUGUGCCUCGUCAGAGCACUGACAAAGGUGAGGAGGGGUGGGGUGCUGUGCCAGAUGUCAGUGUUUGUGAGCCUGAUACCAGCGCUUACCAAGAAGAUAUUAAUGGUGCCUAUGCUGAUGAAGAUGUUAGGGAUUUGAAUAUGGCAAUUUUUCUAAGCCUGCAGGACCAGCGACGCAUGCCGUCUGAAGUGGAAAGCCAGGACGUUGGGAGUACCUCCGGAGACAAGGAGCUGGCCACAGCGGGUGCUGCAGGGGGAAGCGGAGAGGGAAGGGAGCAAGAGGAGGCAGUCGGAAGUGACCAGAGUGGAUUAGACUGGGAGGACGGGAGCAGGGCGGUGCUGGUCGGGGAUCGAGUGCGUCUUGCGGAGGAUGCCAUGGAGGGGGUCAUGUCAAGCAUACCCUCGGGAAAUAAGGGUGGCUUGCUGUCGACAGCGGCAACAGAAGCAGAGUUCGGCGGAGCUCCUGGAAUUCUGUCGAAGUCAGAGGAAGAGGAACUACAGGAGGCGAUUAGACGGAGUCUAGAGGAGACCUGUGCAAGGGCCAAAGGGGACAAGAAGCGGGCAGGGCAGCUGGUCAUCGACUGCCAAAAAUCAUCAUGUGAGCAAGGAGAUGGUGGGGAGGAUUCUGGUUCGAUGCCUCCAAGGGAAGUGCGUAAUCCCACAACGCCUUGUACAUAUGGAUCUAGAGGAAAGGAGGAGACAGAGGAUGAGGUUUGGGCCCGUGAGAGAGCAAGGAAAGGUAAGGCAAUAGUAGAGGGAGAAACGAUGGAGAUGGGGAGGGACAGGGAGGGCAUGCACUCAGCAGGUGCUAGCGGGAACGAGUCUCUGAGCAGGUUUGGAAAAAUUACGAGGUCGCAAGUUGUUCUGAGGCAAAUAGAGGGUACGUCGGAGUGUGGAAGACAGCCAGAGGGAGGGGCGCAGGAGGACGAGAAAGGAGAAGUGGUGGAAAUGCCUAUGCGUGACUGCAAAGAGCCGAUAAAUAGUGACGAGAGAGCUGAAGCGCAGGAGGAGGAGGAGGAGGAGGAUGAGGAGGAGCUUCGUAGAUGGGAGGAAGCUAAGGCUGAGGAGGAAGAAGAAAGGAGAAAGGAGGUGGCGGAAAGCAAGCGCAAGCAGGAAGAAAGAGAUAGAGAGGAGGCAGAGGCUCAGGCAGAAAUGGAGCGGUUAGCUCAGGAGCAGCAGGACCUGAAGAGGCAGCUGCAGUCUGACGAAGCUCUUAUCGAAAACUGGGAGAGGCAGAGAGAGGAUAUCCUUCAAGAGGAAGCGGAACUGCAGUCGGCUCAGCGAAAGAAUGAGAGGAACGCGGAGUCGGUGUCUGGCGAGAUGUUUGCCGAGUGCCAAGACCUCCUGCAGCUUUUUGGCGUGCCGUUCGUCAUUGCCCCGAUGGAAGCUGAAGCUCAGUGCGCUUUCCUCGAUAUGACAUCGAUGGUGAAUGGAAUUGUGACAGAUGAUAGCGAUGUGUUCCUCUUUGGGGGCAGGAACGUGUACAAGAACAUUUUUGAUGACCGAAAGUACGUCGAGACUUACUACAUGAAGGAUGUGGAGAGUGAACUUGGGUUGGAGCGGGACAAGUUGAUUAGGAUGGCUCUCCUCUUGGGCAGUGACUAUACGGAAGGAGUGAGCGGGAUAGGCAUUGUGAAUGCUAUUGAGGUUGUGAAUGCGUUUCCUGAGGAAGACGGGCUCCAUAAGUUCAGGGAGUGGCUUGACACUCCUGACCUGUCCUUCUUAGACAAACGCCAUGGAGGCCAGCUCGACGUUGAAGCGGAGACGCUAUCAGACACAGAUCCAGUGGCUGUCAGACGACGGGUCUUCAUGCACAAACAUCGUGCGGUCAGCAAGAACUGGCGUGUUCCGGAGUCUUUCCCGAGCGCAGCGGUGAUCCACGAGUACAAAUUCCCACAGGUCGACCGUUCGACAGAAGAGUUUGCGUGGGGGCGACCAGACGUGGACAAGCUGAGGGCGUUUUGCUGGGAAAAGUUUGGCUGGAACAAAGAGAAAGCAGACGAGGUGCUGCUGCCUGUAAUGAAAGCUGUCGAUUCCCGUCAGACGCAGUUGCGCAUCGACUCAUUUUUCAGCUUCAACGAACGUUUUGCAAAGUUCCGGAGCAAGAGGAUUCAUAAAGCUGUGGCCCAGAUUACAGGGAAAAGCAACCCGGAGAUCGCCCUCGAUCACCCAUUGGAGUUCGUUGAGCCGCCGCCAAAAGACUCGAAAAAUGGGAGGAAGAAGAAAAAGUCUUCUGCGGCUUCUGCGAUGGGCACAGCAGAUGCGGCCGCUGCAGGCAAGGAGGCGUUUUCGGUGAAUAAUAAUGACAGGUCAGAGGGGCAGGGCACAGCCCAAUGUACAUCUUCUCAGGACCGGGGAUCAGGGGGCGUGCCGUGUCUUAGCAGUGAGAUGGGCACAGGGUUGGCCAGUAGCAAAACUGUCAGAAGACCUCCUCAAAUGAAGAAGCGGGAAGCGAACGGGGGGAAUGACAAAGGAAGGGGCGGAGGGAGAAAAAGGGUUGCAGCGCCGGCUUCAGACGCACUGCCACGGGAGGGAAAGAGGUCUCAAAAAGAAAGGGAUGAACCCAACAUCAGCGAAAGCGAACCUGAGUUGGAAGCGGAAGUGGAUGUGGAGAUGGGGACACAUGCCAGGACUGUCAAGCCAAGGAGGUCCACCAGGCAGAGGACCCAAAAGGUCACCUACAGAGAUGAAUCAAGCGACGAUGGCGAAAUGACCUGUGGAGGAGCACCAAAGCGGGGAAACAGACACGAUUCUGUUCCCGGCGGCUCUCCUGGAGAAGAGAGUGACGACUAUAACCCUGAUGAUGAGGAGGAGGGUCGGCGUAACUCUGCCGAUGUGAGGCACUACGACACGGGCGCUUCAGCCGAAAAACAUAAUAACAAAAGCAGGCGUAGUAAACAAACUGCUCAGAAUCCCGCGUCCAAGGGAGCCAGAGUAGGGGAGCUUUCAAGAGACCCGCCGAAGGAAGGGAAGGGACAGCCUUCGCCUGGGACGAGGGGAGGACAAGUGCCAAUAGCCGAAGAUGCUCCCACCGGCAUUGUAGAGGCAGCUGGCGAUUGUCAGGGCGUUAAUUCAGCACCUCUGGAACGAUCAUCUCUGUCGACACUUGAAAGCAAUUUGGAUGGCACUCAUAGGAUGGAAGAUUUGGCCUCUGCCGUUGAUGCGAGGGUAAAAAAACAAUGUCCAGGUAUCGUGUUCGAGGAGAUCGAUUGCUGUUUUGUUGGGCUUCGAUCGGUUGGAAGGGACCGAGAUUCGGAUUUUGCCGGGGACAGUGUGGCCAGUGCCCUUAUGUGCGGUGGUGGGUUUUGUGCAGAUGAGGAUGAUGAGGGAGAUGAACCUUACGAUGGGAAGGAAGGUGGUGUGGGGGUUGAUGGAGACGGAAGCUGCAUGGAAGGGGAUGGGGUUUGGGGGGAAGGGGAGAAUGUGGGGUGUCCGGAGUCUAGUGAUCGAGAGAAGGUAGACGAUGCAGUGGAGAGAAGGGGGAGACAAAGAGAUAGGUGCAUGCCUCAUGGCAGCUCUCCUUGGGGUGCAAAUAGCAGCUUUUGCUUGCCGCUGCCACAGAAGAAUUCAGGCGACUCUGCUAUGGUUUCCGUGGGUGAUGCAACUGACGGCAGAGGGAAGGCUGGUUCUGAACACAGCAGAAUUGUUCCCCCUCAAGCAAUGGAUGCACCGAACGGCCUACGACAGGAAACUGAACAGGUGGUCUUGACGGAGCGACAAAAAAGUGUCGCAUCAAAACCGACGCUUUUCAUCGGCCCCAAAGGGAGUGCUUCAUUCAAGUCUCAUCGCCUACGUGAAUGCCAGGUCAGCAAAGAAGUAGAAGACGGCAAAGUGGGUGCUGCUUCGAAGGAGGGUCCUCCACUGCCAGGUGCUGUGGGUGAAGCGCAGCGCUUUAGACGCCAUUAUCGAUUCACUGCUGUUUCCCCUCUUGUGGGUGACGAUUCGUGGUCCACGAAAGUGCAGUGCUGCUGCAAUGCUGCAGACACGAUCAUCGAGUUUCUGCCGGUCGCCCUGUGGGUGACGGUUCGUGGUCCACAAAAGUGCAGUGCUGCAGACGCGAUCACCGAUUCGCUGCCGGUCGCCCUGUGGGUGAUGAUGAUGCGUGUGCCACAAAAGUGCAGUGCUGCAGACGCCAUUACCGAUUCACUGUUGUUUGCCUUGUGGGUGAUGAUGAUGCAUGCUCCACAAAGUUGCAGUGCUGCUGGUGAGGGGAAUGGCUUCCAGAAAAUUGUGAAGCGGAGGGGAACUAUCGAAGAAGAAUCGGCAGCAAGCAGGUACCCUUGUUGCUGGUAUAAUUACAGGAGAGUCGAGUGGACUGCAGGUUGUUGCAGGCAUUUAGCAUAGCACAUAAUGUAAAAGUCUUCGACUUCGAGUCAAUUGCUAUACAGCCUAUACCUAGCAACAUUGUGCUCAAUGUUCAUACAAUUUUAACUGGUUCAGAUUCCUCAGAACACUCAAAAAAACCAUGAUCCAAGAGAAGGUUCGCAUCCGCCAUCUACCUCUGUUGGUCGGAACGAGUCACAGCGGCAUGUUCGUCGAGCCGAGAGAAGGUUGGUAUCUCCCGUCGAUCAGGACUGGAAUAGUCUACAGCGUAAUUAAUGGUCACUCUCUCUCAACGAUGAAGAAAGGCUUCCGCGGUCUGCGGAUGCCUCAGCAUCGAGAUCAAGGGUCUGCGGAUGCCAAGAGGUGAGUCACUUUCCGAGCGACUCUACUCGUCAGGUGCACGGUGCGAGGCGAACUGCACUGCGCUGCACUGUGCAUGGCACCGCUCGGCCGCAAGUAUGGUCUACAUAGAGACCGCAUGAAGACGUACGGACGAGUUACGAUGGCGUCUCUGCUGUGACCGUGUAUGUUGUUGUUGUGGCCGGGUUGCAAGGUUAAGAUGGGAAAUCCGCUCGACGAACUAUGGAACUGGAUAUGGUGCUUGUGGCACUCUGGAUUUCUCAGGCAUUGUCAAUAUGAACGACAUGGUGCCAAAGCAAAGGUGGAAAAAAAGAAGACAUGGUGCCAGUGUCAUGGAUCUGGUGGGGAAUCUUUGAGCCACUGUAUGGCAGGAGUGAUUGGCUCGAAGAUUGUCAUCAUCGAUUGGCAGGAGCUAGUUGAAACAGCCCCUCUGCUGUGACCCUUUUUUUUUUUUUUUUUUUUUUAACAAAACCCGGGUUUGCUA